AUGGAGACACCAGCGGAGUUGCUCCUCCAGGAGCUCGCCCACAGGCUGGGCGUCUCUCUCUCGAAAGCGUCUCCCUUGCUCUCUCCGAUUCUUGCGCUUGUUCUUCUCCUUCUCGCCGCAUGCUUCACGUGGUUCCUCGUCAGGUUUCUCCUCUGGAUCCUCGAUCCGGUCAUCCAGUGGCAAGUCGAUGCCGGCAAACCUGCCAGCUGCUUCCUUCUUCCUUCCGCAGAUGCUUGCCCGGGGAGCCAGUCGCCUUCUUGGGAGGCCCUCGCUUCCGACGUGUCUCCCUCGUCGGGGGACGCGCUGUCUCUCCCUCCCUCCGUCGACCUCUCCGUCAUCGUUCCAGCGUUCAACGAGGCGCUUCGUCUCCCCCUUGCCGUCUCCGAACUCCUUUCCUUCCUCGAAGCUCGGCGCGCGUCUCUGUCUUCGUCUUCGCGGAGUGGCGUGAGCGAUCGCUGGCCGGUCUUCACGUACGAGAUCAUCGUGGUCGACGACGGCAGCACUGACGGCACGGCUGCGAUUGCGCCUCUGCUGGGAGCGGCGAUUUUCUCGCCCUCGACCUCUCCGCCAGCGUCGCUGUCUGCUCGGGCAGCAGCGGCGGCUGCGCAGGCCGCGUCUCGAGCUUUCGCCAAAGUGCAUGCGCCCAACUCGCGGCCGGCAAGCAAAGCGCCAACGGCGUGUCCCCGAUCUUCUCCCCUCUCUGCUCUCGGCGCCUCCUCGUCCCCAUCUUCUUGUCCUUCUCUCUCGUGUCCUUCUCUCUCGUGUCCUUCUCUCUCGUGUCCCUCACGCUCGUGUGCAUCGUCUGCUUCGCCUGAUGCAGGCCAAGCGGGCUUUCCGCCGUUUGCCUUUUCUCCUAGCGACUCUGUUCCGGUUUCUGCGGUGGCGGCUGAGGCGAUGCGUGCGGCGACAAAGGUUCACUUGGACGCUGGCCAGCGGCUUCGGGACUGCUUCUCCCCGCUCGUCUCUCGAGUUGGAGACAGGGGCGCGGCACCGGACACUGGUGCAGAGAGACACAGAAAAGGCGAGAGUGAAAGAGAAGAAGAGAGCGGAGAGAGUGGGGAACGAGGAGAGAAAGAAGGGGAGACGCCUGCGUCGUCUCCGCUGUCUUCGCUGAGAGUUCUUCGUCUGAAGGAGAACAGAGGCAAAGGCUUUGCCGUGAAGAUUGGCGCGAAGCAUGCACGAGGACGCAUGCUGUUGAUGGCAGAUGCUGACGGGGCAACGACCGUCGAGAGUUUGGUGUUGCUCGAACGUGCCCUCCUGGAAAGAAAGCGACUCCCGCGAGGGAGAAGCGAGAAUGUCUCCCGCAGCUCGUCCCUCGCCCACGAGGAAAACGCGGACGCGGCCCAGCUGGAAGACAAAACGAGGCAGGGAGAGGAAGAGAAGAAACUCCGCGCAGGUGUCUCCGAGGCGAAGCGCAGAGAGAACCGGCAAGGGGCGGUGGACGCUGGAGAGCACGCGUUAGAAACCGAUACAGCUGGUGGGAGGAAGAUCGCGCAGGACGGCCGAGAAUCGGACGGGGACGAGGAGACGACACUGCAGACGCGCCUUGCCUCUCUCCCUCCCCUCGCGUUUCCAUGGCCUCUCCUGUACAGGAGGGGAGAUCGAGAAGGCAGCCAAGAGGAUACGGAAGCACUAGUUGCUUUCGGUUCGCGAAGACAACUCGAACAAGCUGCAAUUUCCUCGAGAUCCUGGCACCGCAAUUUCUUGAUGCAUGCAUUCCACUGGUGCGUUCGCAGUGUCGUAGGCGACUCCCAUAUUAAGGACACGCAGUGCGGCUUCAAACUCUUCACGCGAUUUGCAGCCCGCCAGCUGUUUCCGCGGCUUCACCUUUGUCGUUGGGCCUUCGACGUUGAGUUGCUUCUGCUCUCGCGUCUUCUGCGCGUGCCCGUCGCCGAGAUCCCCGUGGAGUGGGAGGAGAAAGAAGGCAGCAAGCUGAACGUUCUCGGCGCCUCCUUUCAGAUGGCGCGCGACAUCUUGGUUCUCAAGUGUAUGUACACCGCAGGAAUCUGGAAGGCGUCCGCCGACAGUGGCUGA